GUGGCCCCAGCAUGAGUCAACCGAGAAUUGCCGAUGCUGCAGCAGCGCGCAGACCUCCGGCUCAUCCCUCCACAGCGGUCAUGGUCAAAGACGCAUGCUGGACUCGGGUAAAGGUGUUUCCUCCCAAGCAAUUCAGAGUUACAUCAUGCAGACAUACCCCUCAGUGGACCCGGUCCGGCUGAAGCACUUGGUGUGCAACAGCCUAAAGAAAGGCCUUGAAAAUGGCACUUUGGUGAGGCCUGCCAACUCCACCGUCCCUGCAGGAGCCACUGGGAAGUUUAGGCUAGGCCCUGAAGCCAACAAGUCCAAAUCAGAGGACACUUACCCAAAUGUGAAGAAGGCCCCAAAAGCUGCCAAAGAAAAACAAGAACCCAAGAAAGGAGGUGCUGUGAAGAUAAAGGAAGAAGCUGUGAGUGAACAGACGACUUCAUCUAAGGACUUGAGUUCUACCAAAUCAGAAGAUGAAACUGUUCCCGUUUCAAAAGUUCCAGCGAAGAAGCCGAAGCCUAAAAAGGCUGCUGACAAAGCUGCAGACAAACCGUCUGCUUCAGAGAAGAAGAAAGUGCCAGAGAAGAAGGCUGCUGAGGGAGUGACGCCGCUGCCGCCAAAGCACCUGGGAGACGAAAGAAGACAAGAAAAUUAA